AUUUGUUAUUUGAAAAAAAAAAAGAGAAUUAAAGUGUACAUUUACUUAAUGCCAUAUGAUAUUAUAUGAUUCACUUGCUAAAAGAAAAAGGUUUGCAGGGAGGGUAACAUGUACAAACCCCGAAGAUUCUGGACCUGAUAAAGAAUAUUUGAAGAUCAGCGCCAAAUCCUUCCAUAUGUCUCGAAACACAGGAACAUGAAACCAAAUCUUGCACUAGUCUAAAAAUCCCUCCAAAUCUUCUUACAAAAUGAAAUUCCUCUCUCAUCCGCCUGACACAAAAUUCAAUCUCCAGUAGUUUCAGUGACUCUACUUGACACUGCUGAUAACCUGCAAUGAUCAGUUGACAACCUAUGGUAUGCAUACACUGCAUUUGUCUCUAAUAAAUAAUCCCAUUAAAAAUGCUCACCAACUCAUCAACCGAUCAUUUCCUGAAUCAACAAGCUUAGCCACAAAUUGUUGACGAUUUUGAUCAUCAAAUUAAUAAAAAAGCAAAAAAAUCUCGGUAACAAUGGCAUGUAGAUGCUAACCAUGGUAAAACCCCGGAAAGAAGCUGUGAGUAUUCUUGCCGGCUUCAGAUCGCCAAGGCAAAUUUGAAAGAUUUGAAACUAAAUUUCUUUCAGGCAAUCAACUCAACAGCAAGGAUUUUGCUGCUCUUGCGGACUCCAAGGAUUUACACACCGAAAACUGAAAUUACUGAUAUUUCCUCAACGAUUGUUCUCCUUUUUCAUCAAAUAGAGUUGCAGGGGUAUCCAACCGCAGGAUUGAAAUUGGUGAUGAAGAAACCGUCGCUUCUAGAGAGUGUAGGUUUACGGCGAGCAUCUGACCGAUCGUUGAUGGUGCGACCAAUAAAGAAUAAACGGAGAUAUUAACGCUAUGAGGUGAUUGGAUUUUAAUUUACAGUCUCAUUGGCUAUUUUCCAACUUCUGAAAAUACUGUUGGAUCCUCCUUGUCGCCUGCCGGCUUAUGCUAAGGAACAGACAAACGGACGGUUAUGAAUCACUCUUUUUGUUUCAUAUCAUUUCCUGGUAGCUUUUUACAAAAAUGAAACAAAUUUUUUAAAAAAUUUAUCCUCAUCUCUUAUGAUCUUCAAGAUUCUUGAUUAUAAUUUACAUUUGCUAUAAUUGAGCUUCAAGUUGAUAAUGCCUCUGAAGUAUGACCAGAGCCAAUUGGUCAGCCAUUACGAUUUUGGGCGUUGCACAAAGUUGAAAUUCCUUCCUCUUUCUUCAUUGAACUUGAACUGGAAAAAUUGAUGUUCUUCUCAUCCUUUUCUCUCAAACCAUCUCCGAUUUUAAGUGUUAUAGGGUUUCUGCCCUUCAUGAUUAUGUAUGGCAUUUGGUUGGUUGUUUAUAUUUAUGGAGCCAAACUAUAUGCUUAAGGCUAAAUCUCAUAUUCAUAUUCUAUUACCACUUAAAAAUCAAAAUUUUAGGAAAGCGGUAAGUACUCAUUUUAUACAUAAGGCGUUUUGUGAGGACGAGUACACUUGUAAAGAUGUCUGAGCUUGACCAACGCCUUUCUGCUAGGCAGAUAGCCAUGAAGGGGCCACUGCAGUACACUUAAAUAGUGAAAUACAUACUUUAAGGGGAAGAAAAGGACAAUUCUGAAUGGUAAAAAUGUCCGUUUGUGGAAUUCCUUUUUCCUGGAAAACUUUCUUGCAUGUCUUUCCUUUUUGUCCACCUUUGCUGUCUAUUAGUUUACUAAAACUGUUUCUUUCAGGGUCGGCCACCCUCAUAGUUGCUCCCUUUCUUUACUCUAUUAUUGUUCUUGUUUUACUUUGAGCUUAGGGACGGCAAAUUUUCUUUCCUAUAUCUGCCGGCAGGAAGUCCUCUCAGGUUUAAUAUGAUGAUUCUGUACUAACCGUUACCAUAUGAUAGGUGUCUCUGCCUUCAGGUUAAUAUCAAGUUGAUUAGCAUUUAUUAAAUUUCCCUGGAAAUUACAAAUGAGGGGUUUUCUUCUAACUGCUCUUUUAUCGCUAUUUAUACAUCAAUUUCCUUGUUUACCUUCAGAUGACAGUUCUUUUGGUCUCUCUUACAAUGGAGGGAAAAUUAUGACACGACCAGUCAGAGUAUCCCUUCUAUGGUUUGGCACUGGUUGGCAAGAAUCUGGUAAAGAAGCUAUUAGAAAUGCCAUAAAUUCUUUAACUCCAUCUCGAUAUCUUGGUAAGAAUUCUGAAGUGCCCACGUUGGGAGACUGGUGGAAUAUUGUUAGACAGUAUACAGACAGCUCAAACGACCCAGUGUCUGACAGAGUGGAUGUCGGAUCUGAAUGCUUCUACACAGGCUCUGAACUCAACAUGACUCGAGACCAAGUGAUUGACAUUGGACAUUCAGUGUUUAACAAGACUUUGAUCGAUGCAUUUCGAGGGAACUUAACCUGUAAUGAAGCUUUUGAAGUGAACGAGAACAGUAUUUUUCAUGUUGUGUUUUCUCAUACAGUUAUCUUCUUAGAUAGAAAGGAGCAGACAGAAUUGAUGGUCUCUUGUAGUGGGGAUCUUCAGGUCGAGGCCUUUGCAGGGGCGAAUGUAACUCUGGGAUGGGCAAGAGCUCCACAGAAAGAUGCUAAUUCUGAUCAAUGUUCAAGAUUUUUGCAAGGGAAAUCCUAUUUAGGCCCACCAAAUGGUGAUGAGAAGAUAGAUAGCUUGGUGGGUUACAUUCUGUCCAAGAUCACGGAGGGGGUUACCAAUCGUGAUGGAAGAGGGUGGAUUGCUAAUGAUGGAAGUGGAAUGACAGUAGGCAGUUUUUGUGCAUCUACAAUUCAACGACGACCAGAAGGUCCUCCACUAUUUAGAGAUGGAGAAAGAAAAGUGAGUUUUAAUGCUGUUGGUUUGAAUGGUUACAGAUACAUUGUUCAAUACAUAUGGGACCAGAAAAUCCAGAACUGUGCCUUGAAGGUAUCAGAAACCUGUAAUUUCAAUGUGAUUGUUCUUAAACAGCCCAAGGGAUAUCUAAAUAGAGGGCUUGCAGUCAAUCACACAGAUGGAUUGCAGCCAUACCCUCCUAACCAGAUGUGUCAGUGGAGUGUCAGCUAUCCAGCAGCAAAGUUUAUCAGUUUCACCAUGAACUACCUCUCACUGACGGCAAAUGGAGAUGAUACACUCCAAAUUUGCCCAUCUAACUCAAGUCUAGCACAAUGCAACGUCCUUCAGUUGCUGGAAAAAAAUUCUAACAGGAAAUUCAAGGUAAUGGGCUCAAAAGCUACUAUAAAGUUUACAAGUGGAGAUCAUGUUUCCUUUGAGUCCAGAGGAUGGGAACUCAGUUAUUCUGCAGGAUUCUGCAAUGGGAAGGAAGAUGUAUAUAACCAUGAUGGUAUCAUAGGCUACCCACCACUGAUCGGCUUUUCUUACAUAGAAGGACUGAGUUGCCUAUGGAUUCUCCAUGGGAAACCAGGAACUCUUGUAUCAUUAAGUUUCACCCAUAUCAACAUCUCAGAAGACUUUGAUUUUCUUGCCAUAUAUAAUGGCGCAAAGCAGCAGGUAGCUAACUUCUCUGGCUAUUAUUCUGGGUCUGGUCUCCCGCAUUUGAACUUGACUGGUGAAGUUAGGAUUGCAUUUGCUACUCAGACAGAAAAAGGGCAAGGUUGGUCAGCUAAUUAUUUCAUUGCAUCUCCUGUGAGUCGCAAUAGCAAAACAUUCCUUGUCAUCAUCAUUGUUGUUUCAGCUGUUGGAGUAAGCAUUUCUCUUGCUUUCAUAGCCUUCGCCUUGCGCAAAAAUAGAAGCAGGUGCAGUUAUGCAAUGGAUUCAGAUGAGAGCCUGAUGCUAAUGAGACUAGAAACGAUCAGAGAUGAAAACCUAAUUGGGGAGGGGCCUUCUGCAGUUGUUUACAGAGCAGUUUUGACGGAUGGGAAGUGUAUAGCAGUCAAAGCUCCUAAAGGUACAGCUUCUCCAGUUGACUUAGAGAGGGAGAUAUUGAGUAAAUCCUCUUCCCACCCAAAUAUCAUAUCUUUAGUUGGAUAUGCACACGAUGGACUCCAAAGACAUUACUUGGCGUUUGAAUUCAUGAGUGGGGGCAAUUUGAGGAUGAACUUGAUGGAAAGAGGAGAAAGACUAGACUGGGAGAAGAGAUUAGCUAUAGCAUUACAGAUCUGCUCUGCAAUCCAAAUGCUUCACAUGUAUCUGAAACCACCUAUUUAUCAUGGCAAUAUAGCAUCUGAGAAUAUUCUCCUUGAUGAAUUAAGCAAUGCAAAAUUAGCUGGUUUCAGCAAGGCAGAUUAUUGCAGCAACAACAGGAUGAAUCCUGGAGACUUGUCUGAAAUGGCAGAAGAUAUUUGGAGUUUUGGAAUAGUUUUGGUUGAGCUUUUAAGAGGACAGAACCUAGAUGAUAGAAAUGCCUACAAAAAUUUCAGGAGCCUUGAAGAGGUAAAUGAGUUUGUUGGCAACCAUGAGCACUUUGAUCGACGAUUGGGUAUUCCUGAUGAACAAAGUAGGAUCAUGGGUCUAGCAAAGUUGGGUGAAAUUGCAAAAUGGUGCAUUGGUCUUGGCUGUGGAGUUGAAAGGGAAAGAAAUAAUCCUCAGAUAGGUGAUGUUUUGUCAGGCUUGAAGCAGGUGAAGCAAAUGUUUUGUUGUGUGUGAGGUAGAAAGGAAGAAGAAAGUAAACAACAGCAACAUCUUUACAACAUUGUCCUGUUUUCUAUAUAUGAUUGUAAAUCAUAAAGGAUGUCCUCAGUGCACAAAGACUCCUCGCUUUACAAGAGUCAGGAGAGGAUAAUCCGUCCUAAUCGUACAUAAAUUACAUUUAGUGUGAAGCUUGAAGCAAUUUUUAUAGAAAUACAUGAAUGAAUAUUGGAAAUAUUCAUCAACCUUUGUAUAUGAUCAAA